UCUUUGGACUUCAAAACGUCGAGAUCUGUUGAAACCUCGAUUUUUGCAAAACGGGCGAAACUAGUAUCUACACAAAAUACAACUUACCGGGAUUACUUAGCCAUAAUUAAUUUGAAAUCAUGUCAACGGGGCCAAAUUGAAACAAGAUCAAAAUUAGCAAAAAUUAAUAAUUUAAACUCCCAAUUAACGACCAAACAAAUUACGGCUAUGCAGUUUCUCGAAUUCGCGACCAAUUUGGACUUCAAUUUUAACAAGGAAGGAAAUUUUACU